UUUCCGGAAGAGCAACUGGUGAGAGUUAGAUGGACGAGGAAGCGAUAUUUGUUUAGGUUUAGCCUGAAGAACGCACGUACUUUUUUCAUCACAAAGUCUGCCUCUUUAUAAAUAGUUAACAUGCCUUUAUUUUCCCAAAAUCCAUUUGACCAAGAUGUUGAGAAGGCAACCAAUGAAAACAACACAACAGAUGACUGGGCACUUAUCAUGGACAUCUGUGAUAAGAUUGGAACAACAGCCAAUGGACCAAAGGACAGCUUAAGAUCCAUUAUGAAGAGAGUCAACCACAAAGUGCCUCAUGUGGCGAUGCAGGCUCUUAACUUGCUGGGUGCUUGUGUAUCAAACUGUGGCAAAAUAUUCCACCUGGAAAUCUGCUCAAGGGAGUUUUCCAGUGAAGUGAAGAGCAUUUUUAACAAGGCACACCCUAAGGUAUGUGAAAAGCUAAAGGCUCUGAUGGUUGAGUGGGCAGAGGACUUUCAGAAAGAUCCACAGUUGAGCCUGAUUGGGGCCACCAUCAAGUCUCUGAAAGAGGAGGGUGUCAGCUUCCCAUCCCCAUCCUCACAGGGUUCCAGCACAAAGGCCAACCCAUCACCUGCAAGCAAACCAGUGGAUGAUGACGAUCUUGCCAAAGCUAUCGAGCUGUCCUUACAGGAGCAGAAGCAGCAGGCAGAGACACGCCCCAUGACCAUGACCUCUGACCCUCCAAACUAUACUAAUGGCGGUGGGGGGCAGGAGGCUCGGAAGGUGCGUGCGCUGUACGACUUUGAAGCAGCUGAAGACAACGAGCUGACCUUCAAAGCUGGAGAACUUAUCCUAGUGUUGGAUGACAGUGAUCCAAACUGGUGGAAAGGAGAGAACCACAGAGGAGUUGGGCUUUUCCCCUCCAACUUUGUCACAACCAAUCUGAAUGCAGAGCCAGAGCCAGUUACUUAUGUUGAUAACCCGGCGACUCCAGAAGAGACAAGCCUGGAAACCAAAAUAGAGCCUGAGCCCGUCUUUAUUGACGAGACGAAGAUGGACCGAACGCUGGCACUGCUGCAGAAUACAGAUCCUGCAGAUUCCACUCCUGACUCCCUAGAGCUGAUCCAGCUGGAGGGUGCAUGUGCACAGAUGAACCCACUGAUUGAUGAGAAGCUGCAGGAGAUUGACAGGAAUCACUCAGAGUUAUCAGAGUUGAACGUGAAGGUUUUGGAGGCACUGGAGCUUUACAACAAGCUCAUGAAUGAGUUCACUGCCGAACUCUAUUACAUCCUUUCAGUGCAUUCACUUAUCAGCACGCUCCUCUCCUGGUCUUCUCAGGGCUACCUUGGACCAGCGGCACCCCCUUAUCUUCCUCCAUCCAUGCCUCAGAUGCCCUCUGCACAGCCCUACAAUCUGCCCAGCGACCAGCCUGGACCUCUACACUCACUACCCCCAAAUGUCUCAGCUCCACCCAACACCUUACCCAACAGCCAGACUGCUCAGCCGCCCUACAUGAGCACGCUCCUCUCCUGGUCUUCUCAGGGCUACCUUGGACCAGCGGCACCCCCUUAUCUUCCUCCAUCCAUGCCUCAGAUGCCCUCUGCACAGCCCUACAAUCUGCCCAGCGACCAGCCUGGACCUCUACACUCACUACCCCCAAAUGUCUCAGCUCCACCCAACACCUUACCCAACAGCCAGACUGCUCAGCCGCCCUACAUGAGCAGUGGUUUGAACGCUCCGUACAUGAGCCAAGCCACAGGAGCUCCUUACCCACCUCAGGCAGGCAUGGAUAUGUCAGCCUACCACAACUCCAGCAUGCCUCCUGUGUCCUAUCCUGUAGCAGCUCCCCCUCACCAGGCUCCUCAGCAGCAGCAGCAGCAGCAGGCAGCAUAUUAUCAGCAGCCUCUUCUGUAAAACGAACACAGGGCAGACCUGAGAAGAUACACCCUUCAGAUAUUUCAGUUGCUAGUUGUGUGUUUAUUUGGUUUACCUAGCACACAUGCGUGUGUCAGGUUAUUGCUUUAGGAAAAUUCCUUUGGCUUUUAUUUUUGUUUUUCAUUUUGUUUUGUUUUUUUGUGCCUGACAAGCUGAACAGACACCCCCUGGAAAGCUGAAAUAACUGAUGCGUGUAUGUAACGCAGGUCUGCUAUGCAUCCAAGUCAAAACUCGGCUACUGUAUGUGAGGCUUAACACGGCACCGAGAGUUUUCUCUUAGUCUCCUCGUUUUUCAUGGGUGACUCAAAGCAACGCUGGUUUUCUCAAACAUCAUCAGUCAGCGCGAAGAAGAGUUGGUUUUGUUGUACAGGACCAUGCAACGAGCAGUCAUUGUCUAAUUUGUUUGGGAAAUUAGUAUAUUACAAAUAAUACAUCAACACCAUGCUGUUUCUGAAUUGAACUGCGAGUCUUCUUAUUGGUUAAAGAGGAUUAGUCCACACUAGCCUAGAUGAGAUAAAAUGUUAUUUUCUUCUUUGUUUAUGAUCUGUUCACACAACCUCGUCUGCAGACGCAGCAUUUUGGCAGCCCUUAAAGCCUAAUACGUCGACGGUGCGAUAACGUGCUCAAGUUGGAAUAAAAUCGAGUAAAGUAUUCCUUGUAGCUCUGAAAGUAAAAUGCAAGCAGCUUCCAAGUCUUGUGCACAAGUGUGGCUAUCAAAAUCUCUUUCCUGAGAGGGAUCGCUGAGAAGGCCAACAAAAAAAUAAACAGCCUGCAAGCAUGUAGAGUAAAUGUGAAUAAAAACACAAUCAUAUGUUGUAAUGUAGGCAAGGGAAAUGGAACAGUUACCGGUUUGUUUGUUUUUCUUGUUUAAGUCUGCAAGCGGAUUCAUACGAGCCGUUUAUCCUGAUCAUCAUCUUGAUUGCACCACUCAGCUGAUGUAGUUUAUUCAUCUGCAAAGACUGAAUUCGUGAGUUCCAGCUCAGGUGCUCUCUUCAGCACAAACACGUGCAGGUACUUAAAAGGCCAGAUCUCCCAUUUCACUGUUCUCAUCACCAGCCACCAACGCUGUAGCUGAUCAGUGUCUCUAACAGAAUUUAGAAGUGCAAACUCUAUUUCUCAAUUGUCAGAUAUGUUAACGUUGUAAAUAUUUCAGAAAUGACGUUCCCAUAGACUCUUUGCCUUGUGCAUUCUAUGGUUACAUUUGACAUAUUUAAUUAUGUGUAUGUGUGUGUGCACAUUUGUUUUUUUCUCCAUGUUUGUGCGUGUUUGAGUACUUUCCCAAAAAGAGGUUCGUUGUCGAUGUAAAGCGACACUGAUUUUCAAAGGUUUGGGUGAAUGGAUAAUAGAUAAACGUCUGAAUGGGUUUGGUAGUCUGGUAAAAUGCUGCAUCUCUUCAUGGUUCUAACAUCAUUCUGUCUCUUCUAUGUUUUAUGCAAAUCCACAGCACAUUCUUUAAUGUGUAUGUACUAAAACGUCAUAAUUGUCAUCAGCAUUGCCUGUACUUUGAUAUAUAUAUAUGUGAAGACAUGAAAAAGUGGGUAAUUAUUUUUACUUGGCUUCUGCUUUUACUUUUAUUUUCUUGGCAAAAUGUAAACGACAACAUUUAUUUUAAAUACACAAAAAAAUCUUUAGUCAAACUGAAGAAAUAGAUGUUUUUCCCAAGCUCUCAUGAAGUCCUUCGGGCUGCUGCAGUAACUCCACACUUCUAACUUUAGCCAGAACUCAAUUUGUGUUAAGCACCCCUAAUGUUAAAGGCAGUGUAUAUUAGAUGUAAAAUAUCUGGAUUUGUCAGUGACUUUGGCAUUGCACCUUAGCUUUGUAAACAUUUUAUUUUACCACUGAAUGCCUUGUUCUUCUGUAGAAAUCAAAACACAACGUUGGGAAGCGACUUCUGUCUCCGAAUCCUCUGGACGUGUAUAAUUGUUUAUAUUUGAAAUAUCCCAGGAAACGUUGUGUCAUCCAGGAUUUUAAAACUGCUUUUGUAACAGAGCAAACUGUAUAAUAUUCUUCAAUAAAUAUUCUUUGAAAUAAGA